GCAAACUUAACGUUAAUGUAACGCAUAUUGACGACGCCAUACGUUAAGAUGCAUUUACAGAAUACGAAAUCGUAAAACAUGCGUUACGAGCCAUAUAACGCAUGCGUUAAAAAGUUUCAGAAUAAGCCUGCAGAAGUCCAUAACCUAAAGGGAACAAAUAAUAAAAUUGAGAAAACUGAGAAAAGGAUCAACAAAAACAAGCCUAAAAAUGGAAAAAGAAAAAUUUGGUAUUAUAUUAAAAGAUGCAAUGGGAAAUAUUUUAAUAAAUGAUCAAGGAUACGUCACAUGUACUUGUGAAGGUCUGCAAUUUCAAAUGCUAUAUAAAGAAAUAGAUUUUACUUACGAUACAGUGGAAUGUAUUGUUGACAAUACAUCAGUAUAUGUAAAAUUACGUGAAACUAUAGAUAUUUCAUUAAGAAAUAAUGAAGAUACAAUAUCUUCUCCAGUAAUAAGAAAUGAUGAAAAUACAAUAUCUUUUCCACCAGUAAUACAACAUGAAAAUAAUAUGAUUAUUGAAGGACAUAGGACAGAUAAUAGUUUUCUUUGGUCCGAUGAAAGUACCAAAUUAUUAUUACAUAUAUACAAAGAAAAAAUAGAACUUUUGACAAACCGAAAAAUAAAAACGAGAAAAAUAUUAUUGGGAAAAAAUACGUGAAAUCAUGCAAUCAAAAGGAUACACUAUUACAACCACUCAAAUAGAAAACAAAUAUAAAUCCCUUGAAAGAUCAUUUAAAAAUAUGAUUGCAAAUAACAAAAAGACAGGCAAAGGAUGUACAACGUGUUUAUAUCAAACGGAAUUAACGGAACUUUUAGGCUCUAGGCACAAUAUUGAACCUUUGGCCGUCUCUGGUAGAGAAGGUUUAAUUUUACGAGAAGAUGUGAGAGCAAGUACAUCUCUAUCUAUUUCUGAUUUUAAUGAUGAAAAUACAACUGAUGAAAGUACACUCUUUUAUAAUAUGCAAGAAGAAAAUAAUAAUGCAAGAGAAGUAAGAACGACAAGGGACAUUAUUACAAGAAAUAUUUCCAACGAAAUAUUACAAGAACAAACACAAAGAAAAAGAAACAGAAAUAUGUCACAAACAGCAGAAAAGUGUCAAGAAAGUAUUGAAAAAUUUAUAAAUAUUACUAUACAAGAAAAAGAAAGUAAAUUAGAAAUACAAAGACACAUACUUACAGAAUAUAAACAACUGAGAAUUACGAGGAAUCCUUAAAAAAAGUACAAGAACAAUUAGAAGUUGCAAAUUGAAGGAAGAAAAAAAUAUUCUUU